CGCUGGACUUCACGGCCGUGGAGGGCAACAUGGACAGCUUCAUGGCGCAGGUCAAGAGCCUGGCGCAGUCGCUGUACCCCUGCUCCGCGCAGCAGCUCAAUGAGGAUUUGCGCUUACACCUCCUUCUCAACACGUCGGUGACCUGCAACGACGGGAGCCCCGCGGGCUACUACCUCAAGGAGUCCAAGGGCAGCAGGCGGUGGCUGCUCUUCCUGGAAGGCGGCUGGUACUGCUUCAACCGGGAGAACUGUGACUCCCGCUACGACACCAUGCGGCGCCUGAUGAGCUCCAAGGACUGGCCGCGGACCCGCACGGGAACGGGGAUUCUGUCCUCGCAGCCGGAAGAGAAUCCACACUGGUGGAAUGCGAACCUGGUCUUCAUUCCCUACUGCUCCAGUGACGUGUGGAGCGGGGCCUCCUCCAAGUCUGAGAAGAACGAGUAUGCCUUCAUGGGUGCCCUCAUCAUCCAGGAGGUGGUCCGUGAGCUCCUGGGCAGAGGGCUGAGCGGGGCCCGAGUGCUGCUGCUGGCAGGGAGCAGCGCUGGUGGCACUGGUGUGCUGCUGAAUGUGGACCGAGUGGCCGAGCAGCUGGAGGACUUGGGUUACCCGGCCAUCCAGGUGCGAGGCCUGGCCGACUCUGGCUGGUUUCUGGACAACAAGCAGUACCGCCGAACAGACUGUGUGGACACGGUCACCUGCGCGCCCACUGAAGCCAUCCGCAGGGGUGUCAGGUACUGGAAAGGGAUUGUCCCGGAGCGCUGCCGGCGCCAGUUCAAGGAGGGUGAGGAGUGGAACUGCUUCUUUGGCUACAAAGUCUACCCUACCCUGCGCUGCCCGGUGUUCGUGGUGCAGUGGCUGUUUGAUGAGGCCCAGCUCACGGUGGACAACGUGCACCUCACAGGGCAGCCGGUGCAGGAAGGCCAGUGGCUGUACAUCCAGGACCUGGGCCGCCAGCUUCGGGACACGCUCAAGGACGUGGCGGCCAGCUUUGCGCCUGCCUGCCUCUCCCAUGAGGUCAUCAUCCGAAGCCACUGGACAGAUGUCCAGGUAAAGGGCACUUCCCUACCACGUGCGCUGCACUGCUGGGACCGGAGCCUGCAGGACAGCCACAAGGCCAGCAGGGCCCCUCUGAAGGGCUGCCCCAUCCACCUGGUGGACAGCUGCCCCUGGCCGCACUGCAACCCCUCGUGCCCCACCAUCCGGGACCAGUUCACGGGCCAGGAGAUGAACGUGGCCCAGUUCCUCAUGCACAUGGGCUUCGACGUGAAGACCGUGGCCCAGCAGCAGGGCCUGGAGCCCAGCAAGUUGCUGGGUAUGCUGAGCAGUGGAAGCUAGG